GGAGACUAGAGAUGUUGACACUCAAGGACAUCUUGUUCGGCGAGCAUGACGAUGUUCAUUUAUAUACAAAUAUACCUCAAGUUUUGGGAACUGUAAUUUAUUUGGAGCAACAUUAAAACGUCUUUCGAAGCCCACCCAGUAUAAAGCGACAUGGUGGUCAACACGAUCCACUGGUUCCGAAAGGGACUGAGGCUGCACGACAAUCCGUCUUUGAGGGACUCUAUCCGGGGUGCAGACACUUUACGCUGCAUCUACAUUCUGGACCCCUGGUUUGCAGGGUCGUCGAACGUGGGCAUCAACAGGUGGAGGUUUUUGUUACAUUGCUUAGAGGACUUGGAUGCCAGUCUGCGCAAACUCAACUCCCGUUUAUUUGUCAUCCGAGGUCAACCCACAGAUGUCUUCCCCAGAAUAUUUAAGGAAUGGCAGAUCAGCCAUUUAUCCUAUGAAUACGACUCUGAACCUUUUGGCAAGGAACGUGAUGCUGCUAUUCAAAAGCUAGCUAGUGAAGCGGGAGUUGAGGUCAUGGUACGGAUUUCACACACCCUCUAUGAUCUGGAUAAGAUCAUAGAAUCUAAUGGUGGUCAGCCUCCUCUCACCUACAAGCGUUUCCAGGCCCUCAUCAAUUGUAUGGAGGCUGUGGACUCUCCUGCAGAGACAAUCACAUCAGAGGUCCUCAAAAACUGUGCCACGCCCAUCAGAGAUGACCAUGACGAAAAGUUUGGAGUGCCAUCACUAGAGGAACUCGGUUUUGAGACAGAGGGCCUAACAACAGCAGUAUGGCCUGGGGGAGAAACAGAAGCCCUCUUGAGAUUAGAGAGACAUCUGGAGAGAAAGGCAUGGGUGGCAAAUUUUGAGCGUCCUCGAAUGAACGCCAACUCGCUCCUGGCAAGUCCUACUGGCCUCAGCGCCUACCUUCGCUUUGGAUGCUUGUCUUGCCGACUUUUCUAUUUUAAGCUUACUGACCUAUACAUGAAGGUGAAGAAGAACAGCACACCACCACUUUCCUUGUAUGGCCAGCUACUGUGGAGGGAGUUCUUCUAUACCACCGCCACCAACAACCCCUGUUUUGAUAAGAUGGAGGGAAAUCCUGUAUGUGUCCAGAUCCCCUGGGACCGUAACCCGGAGGCGUUGGCCAAGUGGGCAGAAGGACAUACUGGCUUUCCUUGGAUAGAUGCCAUCAUGACCCAGUUGAGGCAGGAGGGGUGGAUACAUCAUUUGGCCCGGCAUGCUGUGGCCUGCUUCCUCACCAGGGGAGACCUUUGGAUCAACUGGGAAGAAGGCAUGAGGGUGUUUGAGGAGUUGCUGUUAGAUGCAGACUGGAGCGUGAAUGCUGGCAGCUGGAUGUGGCUUUCUUGCAGUUCCUUUUUCCAGCAGUUUUUUCACUGCUACUGCCCAGUGGGAUUUGGACGACGAGCAGACCCUAAUGGCGACUAUAUAAGGCGUUAUUUGCCCAUAUUGAGAGGCUUUCCAGCAAAAUAUAUAUAUGAUCCAUGGAAUGCCCCAGAGGAUCUACAGAAGGCCGCCAAGUGUGUCAUCGGCGUCCACUAUCCAAAGCCUAUGGUGAACCACGCUGAGGCCAGCCGCAUCAACAUAGAAAGGAUGAAGCAAAUUUAUCAGCAGCUUUCUUGCUACAGAGGACUAUGUAUGUUGGCAACGGUCCCACAUAAUCCUAACAACGGGACAAAUGACAGCAAUGUGGGAGGACUAAACCUAGAAACUAGUCAAGGGCCCGAGGGUUCCCCAGAAGAUGUCUCCGUACAGAAAGGGACAUCUCAAGCAGAUAGAGGGCACUCUACGCAGAAGCGACGGCGUGAAGAAGACCCAGCUGAGAGGAACUCCAAAUACUUGAGGCAAAGCAAGUAGCUUUGCAAAAGACAAGAUACAAAGGAUCCCUCAGUCGGUCUGGACGACAUCUUCUCCUGUUGUGCCUUCAGCAAACUUUUAACAAGAAGUGGAACAUACUUUCCCCACAGGAGAACUGUUGAUUCUCUGCUUAACUUUGUCAUGAGUGGCGACUAUCCUGAUAUUAUUUAAAAUCAGACGUGUUCGUCACAAGUAUACAAGACUGUCAGUUCUGCAGAGUCUUAACUUGCUUAAUAGGCAUCAGACAUUCCAGAAAUGUGGCUUCAGGUACAAAUGUUCCGCCAUGUUUACAUUCUCACAAUAUUCAAUGUUAAUCAGCAUAUUAUGAAUAUUGUAGGUAAUAACGUAAAAACAAGACCAAUGUUUUUUUCUGCUAGAAAGCUGGACCCCGAAGACAAAAUGCUUGUUUUUAUGUUACGGGUUAUUGCCUUGACCUCUAUGGUUACUCGAAUGGACAAAACCUGCUUGUUUAAGUGUAAAACUAUAUAAGUGUUACAGAAUGCAGCUGAGAUACGCUCCAGCAUCCCCCACGACCCUGGUAGAAAAUGGAUGGAUGGAUGCAUGCUCUAUAAUAUUUAAAUCUAUAGGUCUUCUCCUCACGCCAGAAAUGUAAACCUUUACCACCUGUGUUUGACGCCAAGCCAAACUUAAAAAUCCCACAAUUCUUUGCGGUCUGAGCAGCGAGCAUGCCCAACGACGACCGUCUGAUACACUUUCCAAUUAUUUCACCUAAUAUUUGAGCUGAUACAGGAAUGCACCAGGUGUAAGAACCAGAAAAAACACUUUGGUUGGGAACUGGCAGUCUGAAAUAUGUUACCCUGUCUCAAAAGUGUUCAGAAUAUUUACUAUAUUCUGCUUGAUAAAUUAUGUUGAUAUAUAGUAUAUGGUUAAUGUAUAUUGUGUGCAUGUAAAUGUAGUGACUGAAAUGAGAAGGCGGUGUUUUUCAUGCAGGAAAAAACAAGUUUUCACCAUACAAUACAUGAUCUGAAAGAAAGGUUCAUGUCAUUUGAGGAUUCGUGCUCAGUAUUGCACUGUACUGACUGACUGGAAGAGAUUCAUCUCAUUCACACAAUGAUGGGACUAAUACAGUAUAUUUUAAACAAGGGGGACAUUUUUAGUAUUUGGUGUUUGAGAAUUGUCUAAAAUCAACACAAACAUGUACAUACCCGUUGACUGGAUGUUGUGUUUUGUAAAUAUUUGUUUCAAAAUGUUUGUAUAUUUUGAACUCUUUUUGAAAGUAGCUCCGAUAUUACUAAGAAUAUGCUUCUCACUGUUAAUCUAAAUCAGGUAUUUUUUUUGUUUUUUAUAAAUAAAUACCAAAGUACAAAUGCUUUGGGUAAAUAAACCAACUGUGUUUUACGUCCGAUGUUUGCAUUUCUGUUCAUUUUCUGAUGUUCCAAGUCACCGGUCACGUGAUCAGUGUGUCGCGCCGAGGCCCAGGUGUUCCUAAUGAAGUGACCAGGUAUGUUGAAAGGCUUCCGAGUUCACGACCAGCGACAAUAAAGCGUGUUUCGGCUCA